AUGGCGACAAUAUCGUCGUUGAUCUCAUCGAUCCGCACCGAUGUUGUCUCGCUUGAUUCUGUCGUCAAGGCCUAUACGGGCGGGAGUAUCACCUCGAUCCAGGCAUCGCUCGACGAGCUCGUUGACUCUGUCACCACCGGAGCAACGAUGGUAGCAGAGCAGCCGAGCCUGUUCAACUUGGACGCAUUGGGACUGGUCACACCGCUACAUACCCUCGGUAGUAUCAUGGCCACAACCAUGAACGAUCUCGUCGCCCAGAACUCCUUGAUUGCCCGCCGCGGGGACCGCAGCGGUCGAUACGAUCAUCCACGAAUUGCAAGCUCUGUUGUCGGCGUGGCAGAGUCUAUCGGACUAUUUGACCGCCGAGACACCUGCAACCCUGAUGAAUGA